AUGUACGUAGCCGGGAUGGCAGGCAACGUGUACACCUUGGUGGUGAUGUGUCACUCCAUGAGGUACGCCGCGUCCAUGUACAUCUCCAUCAUCAACCUGACCUUGGCAGACCUCCUCUACCUGUCCAGCAUCCCGUUCAUCGUCUGCACCUCCUUCGUGAAGGACUGGUACUUUGGAGACAUUGGCUGCAGGAUACUGCUGAGCCUGGACCUCUUCACCAUGCACGCCAGCAUCUUCACCCUCACCGUCAUGUGCACGGAGAGGUACAUGGCCGUCACCAAGCCUCUGGACACCGUCCGGAGGUCCAAGAGCUACCGCAAGUCCAUGGUGGUGGCCGUGUGGCUCUUGUCCCUUCUUCUGACGUUGCCCAUGAUGAUCAUGAUGACGCUGAGAGAGGGCGAGGGCAAAGGUGUGAAGAGGAUGUGCGCUCCCACCUGGAGCGAGGAUGCCUACAGGACUUACUUGACGGUACUUUUUAGCACAAGCAUCAUGGCCCCGGGGCUGGUGAUCGGCUACCUCUAUACCCGCCUGGCCAGGACCUACCUGGAAUCUCAGCGAAACCCCAUCAACAAGAAGGAGAGCAAGAGGUCCCCCAAACAGAAGGUGCUAAUUAUGAUCUUCAGCAUCGUGCUGGUCUUCUGGGCUUGCUUCCUGCCUUUUUGGAUCUGGCAGCUGGUCAGGCUCUACGACAUGUCCCCGCCGCUCUCGUCCCAAACCCAAAAGUGCAUUAACUACUUGGUCACCUGCCUGACCUACAGCAACAGCUGCAUAAACCCUUUCCUGUACACCCUCCUCACCAAGAACUACAGGGAGUACCUGAAGAACCGCCACAAAAAGUUCUACAGGUUCACCUCCGCCUUCCGCAAAAGGGGGUCCAGCCUGCAGUGCUCUUCUUGGGGUCGUUCCAUGUCCUCCAGCAUUCACAGCAAUCACUAUGACUUUGUGUCAGAAUCUAUCGGUAUGACUUGCGUCAGGGACAUCAAGUGA